AUGUCUGACGUCCAAAAGACUGUUGAGGAGACCCCCGCGGUCGUCCCUGCCACCGAGCCCGUCGUGGAGACCCCCGCCACCGAGGCCACCGAGGCUCCCAAGGAGGCUGAGGCCACUGAGCCCGAAACCACCGCUACUCCCGCCGUUGAGAACAGCGAAGCUGCUGAGCCCGUCAAGGAGGAGAUCAAGCCCGCCACCGAGGGUACCCUCGGCCACAAGGCCCCCGGUCUUGUCAAGGGCUUCCGUUUCUCCAAGCGCUUCUUCUACUUCAACGAGGAGGCUGUUGAGAGCAAGCAGCUCUCCGUCUUCCACCAGAACGAGAAGGCCAGUGUUGCCAACCCCAUCGCUGCCUGGGCCAGCCAGACCGGCAAGGGUCUGCUGUUCUUCACCAAGCGCGCUGAGGACAAGGCCACCCCCGCUGGCAUCUUCAACCUCUCUGAGGUUUCUGAUGUGACCAAGGAGGGCUCCACCGAGUUCCUCUUCAAGGUUGCUGGCCAGAAGCACACCUUCCAGGCCUCCUCCGCCGCUGAGCGUGACAGCUGGGUUGUCGCUCUCGAGUCCAAGGCCACCGAGGCCAAGGCUGAGAAGGAGACCAUCAUCACCAGCGAGGGCUACAAGGCCGAGCUUGAGAAGCUCACCAAGCCCGCUGCUGCCGUUGCCGCCAAGAAGCCCGAGGAGAAGAAGGAAGAGACUCCCGCCGAGGCCGCCACCGAGGCUCCCAAGGAAGAGGCCAAGGAGGAGAAGAAGGAGGAGAAGGCUGCUACCAAGAGCCGCUCCCAGUCCCGCAAGCGCACCAGCAUCUUCGGUACCCUCCUAGGCAAGAAGGACGCCGAGGAGAAGAAGGAGGAGAAGGCCGAGGCCAAGGAGGAGACUCCUGCCACUGAGGAGGCCAAGGCUGCUGAGCCUACCACCGAGACCUCUGUCGAGGCUGCUCCUGUCGCUGCCGAGCCCGUUGAGGCUAUUGUUCCUGCCGUCGCCCCCGUUGAGGCCACUGAGGAGGUCAAGGCUGCCGAGCCCGUCGCUGAGACCCCCGCCGUUGAGACCGAGGCUGCCAAGGAGACCCCCAAGGAAGAGAUCAAGGAGGAGAAGAAGAAGGACGAGAAGAAGUCCAAGCGCGCUUCCAUCUUCGGUAACUUCUUCCAGAAGGUCGCCAGCCCUUCUCAGGAGAAGUCCGAGAAGGAGGCCACUGCUGUCCCUGCCACUGAGGAGACCGCCGUCGCCAGCACUGCCCCUCAGCUCGAGAACCCCGUCGAGGAGACUGCUGCUCCUGUCGAGGCCACUGAGACCGCCGCCCCCACUGAGGCCGCCGUUGAGACCCCUGUUGAGACUCCUGCCGAGACCGUCUCCACCCCCAAGGAGAAGCGUCGCACCUCUUUCUUCGGCAACCUCGGUGUUAAGAAGGAGAAGAAGGCUGAGUCUUCUGACAACGAGGCCACCGAUGGUGAGACCAAGGAGACCAAGGCCAAGUCCAACAAGCUUGGUGGUCUUUUCCGCAAGCCCAGCAAGGCUGUGAAGCUCGACAAGGAGGAGGUUGCCGCCGCCGAGACCGAGGCCAAGGCCGACAAGGCUGAAGAAGUCGCCCCCGCUGUCCCCGCUAAGGAGACCGCCGAGGAGGCCGCCGUCCCCGAGACCACCCAGACUGCUCCCGCCGAGGCUACCGAGGAGGCCAAGAACGUCACCGUUCAUGCUUCCACCCCUGUCCAGGCUGCCGCAUGA